AUGAUUGUAAAAGAAUUAGAUAUUGUAAAUGAUGUUUUAAAUACUGUUAAAACUUAUGUUAAUAAACAAAUGACAAAAGAAGAAAUUCAACAGAAUAUAAAAUCAAUUAGAAAUGUUGUUACAGAGAAUUCAAAUCUUUUUAAUGAUGAACAAAGUAAACACCUUUUAAUAGAAUUUUACUUUAUUCUUAGUCAAUUGAAGAUUAUGGUUGAUUUAGAAAUUAAUCUUGAAAAUAUGAUAAACAAUGAAAUUGAAUAUCUUAAUACUCAAAUUAAUCAAGUAAGUAACUUAAAAGAACAAACAUUACUUUCUAAUGUCAGUUUAGAUACUUAUAAUGAUUCUAAUAGUAUUAAUGCUAGUGAUGUUUAUAACUCGAAUUAUAAAAAUAAGAAUAAAAGAUCCAAUUAUCCAAAGGUUGUUUCGAAAAUACUUAAGAACUGGUUAAGAGAGAAUAUGAACAAUCCAUAUCCUACUGAAUCUGAAAAAUCCUCUCUUAUGGAAGCCACUGGAUUAGAUUCUACUCAAAUAAACAAUUGGUUUAUCAACGCAAGAAGACGGAUUCUUCCUUUUAUGAAGAGUAAAUUCUCUCAAUAUUAUUAA